GUGGACACAAGAUUUUUUGUGAGUUUCCGAUCUAAUACGAGAGGAGCGUAUCGUGAAUCGUCCUGUAUUUUUUAGUAAACAAAUAUAUUCUAUUUUUUUGCUGAGUUGAUCUUCUAAAAAGGACAAGAAACUCCAGAUUAAAAAAAGAAAUUUUAAUCUGUGCGAGGAGACUAGAGAUUUGAGACGGUCGUCUACAAGCAAAGGAUGAGCGUGAACGAGGAUUGGGAUGUGGAGCUGCACAAAGUGGAGUACGAGUCUGACGAGCACUGGGAGCUGCGACGUAAAUUUUUGUUGGCCCACAAGGAGAAAUUCCCGGAGGAUACGCUCGUUUGUUUGGCCCAAGUGUUCGUCAAUGUCGAACUGUUAGGAUGCAGAUAUCCCCAGGAAACAAUGGAUUUGGUGGAAGAAUUGUCGCAGGACGUCGCGGCCGAAUAUAGAGAAAAGCAAAAGAAAAAGUUACAAAGAACGUUUGUGGAAGCGUCAGAGGCGGCGAGUUCUAAGGUGAAAGGAUGCACUGCUAAAACAUCUACUGUCACAGAAGAAGCUACCCCGAACACGCUUAAUCAUAUAUCAGACACAGUCAAUCCUACCGAUCAGUCUCGUAAAAAAUGUUCUAAAAAAAAUAAAAAACUUAACAAGAAGAAAUCGCUUCCUACUGCUACAAACGAUCAUGAAUACAUUUCGAACAUGAUUGCAUUUUGUCAGUCUACUCUCACAGAAGAAUCUACAUCGUCCAUGUUUAAUCAUCCUGUACCAAACACAGUCAAUUCUACCGGUCAAUCUCGUAAAAAACGUUCCAAAAAAAGUAAAAAACUUAACACUGAAAAAAAAUCGCUUCCUAAUGCUACGAAAGAACGUGCAUCCAACGCAGUCAGUCCCGACUAUCAGUCUAGUGAAGACACUGAUUCUAGACGAUAUUUCAAAGAAAUGCCGUCUAAAAGAUUACAAACAGAGCCACACUCCGAGGAGAUACCAUCUAAAAGAUUAAAAACAGAUACAUAUUUCGAAGAUGUAUCAUUUGAUAGCUUAGAAACACAGUCAUGUUUCAAAAAAAUACAGUCCGAAAGAUUAAAAACAGAUGGAGAUGUCUCAUGUGAAGAUCAAGAUAAUCUGUUCAAAGACAUUGUUUUAUGGGAAAGAGCAGGUGACAAUGCGACAAAUAUUCUGCAAUCCUCAGCUGCUGUAUCUGGUAAAGUCUUGAAGUGGAAGUGUUCUAAGAAAGAAAAUGGCUGGUAAGCAUAUUUUUAUAUUUAAAAAAAUU